GGGACACGGCCACUCCUGUACUGCUGGCUCUGCAAGGUGGCCGUCAACUCCCUGUCCCAGCUGGAGGCACACAACAAAGGCACCAAGCACAAGACCCUGGUCGAGGCCCGCUCGGGGCUGGGUCCCAUCCGCGCCUUCCCGCGGGGAGGGGGCUCGGGGGGCGCCCCCCCGGCCGAGGGUCCCGAGCGCUCCUUCCACUGCCAGAUCUGCAACGUGCGCCUCAACUCCGAGCUGCAGCUCAAGCAGCACAUCUCCAGCCGCCGGCACCGGGACGGGGUGGCCGGGAAGCCCAACCCUCUGGGGCGCCACAAGAAACCGCGGAGCCCCCCCGAGCUGGCGCCGCUGCCGUUCCCGAAGGAGCUGCCCAAGGCGCUGGCGGGGGGGGGGCUCCUGCCGCCCCCCCUGGCGCUCGCCGCCGCCGCCGCCGCCAUGGCCGCCCCCCCCCUGGCCCUGCGCCCCCCGGGACCCCCCCUCCUGCCCGGGCCCCCCCUGGCCCCCGCCCUGCUCCGCCCGGCCCCCGGGCCCCUGCGGCCAGCGCACGCCCCGCUGCUGUUCUCCCCCUACUGAGGGGACAGACGGACAGACGGACACAGGGACAGACGGACACAGGGACAGACAGACAGACACAGGGACAGGGACAGACAGACAGACAGACGGACAGACGCAGGGACAGACAGACAGACAGACAGACACAGGGACAGCCCCUGCGGCCCGCGCACACCCCGCUGCUGUUCUCCCCCUACUGAGGGGACAGACGGACAGGGACAGACGGACACAGGGACAGACAGACAGAGGGACAGACAGACAGAGGGACAGCCCCUGCGGCCCGCGCACGCCCCGCUGCUGUUCUCCCCCUACUGAGGGGACAGACGGACACAGGGACAGACGGACAGGCACAGGGACAGACAGACGGACACAGGGACAGCCCCUGCGGCCCGCGCACGCCCCGCUGCUGUUCUCCCCCUACUGAGGGGACAGACGGACAGACAGACAGACA